GUGACGCGGCCGCCGGCCCGGGGCUGGGUACAUUGUCGCGCGGCCGCUUCCCCCCGGCCGGGCCCCCGCCGCCCCACGGUCCCCAGAGCGCCAGGCCCCCGGGGGGAGGGAGGGAGGGCGCCGGGCCGGUGGGCGCCAGCGGCGCGCGGCGGGACCCACGGAGCCCCGCGACCCGCCGAGCCUGGAGCCGGGCCGGGUCGGGGAAGCCGGCUCCAGCCCGGAGCGAACUUCGCAGCCGGUCGGGGGGCGGCGGGGAGGGGGCCCGGAGCCGGAGGAGGGGGCGGCCGCGGGCACCCCCGCCUGUGCCCCCGCGUCCCCGGGCACCAUGCUGUCCAACUCCCAGGGCCAGAGCCCGCCGGUGCCGUUCCCCGCCCCGGCCCCGCCGCCGCAGCCCCCCGCCCCUGCCCUGCCGCACCCCCCGGCGCAGCCGCCGCCGCCGCCCCCGCAGCAGUUCCCGCAGUUCCACGUCAAGUCCGGCCUGCAGAUCAAGAAGAACGCCAUCAUCGAUGACUACAAGGUCACCAGCCAGGUCCUGGGGCUGGGCAUCAACGGCAAAGUUUUGCAGAUCUUCAACAAGAGGACCCAGGAGAAAUUCGCCCUCAAAAUGCUUCAGGACUGCCCCAAGGCCCGCAGGGAGGUGGAGCUGCACUGGCGGGCCUCCCAGUGCCCGCACAUCGUACGGAUCGUGGAUGUGUACGAGAAUCUGUACGCAGGGAGGAAGUGCCUGCUGAUUGUCAUGGAAUGUUUGGACGGUGGAGAACUCUUUAGCCGAAUCCAGGAUCGAGGAGACCAGGCAUUCACAGAAAGAGAAGCAUCCGAAAUCAUGAAGAGCAUUGGUGAGGCCAUCCAGUAUCUGCAUUCAAUCAACAUUGCCCAUCGGGAUGUCAAGCCUGAGAAUCUCUUAUACACCUCCAAAAGGCCCAACGCCAUCCUGAAACUCACUGACUUUGGCUUUGCCAAGGAAACCACCAGCCACAACUCUUUGACCACUCCUUGUUAUACACCAUACUAUGUGGCUCCAGAAGUGCUGGGUCCAGAGAAGUAUGACAAGUCCUGUGACAUGUGGUCCCUGGGUGUCAUCAUGUACAUCCUGCUGUGUGGGUAUCCCCCCUUCUACUCCAACCACGGCCUUGCCAUCUCUCCGGGCAUGAAGACUCGCAUCCGAAUGGGCCAGUAUGAAUUUCCCAACCCAGAAUGGUCAGAAGUAUCAGAGGAAGUGAAGAUGCUCAUUCGGAAUCUGCUGAAAACAGAGCCCACCCAGAGAAUGACCAUCACCGAGUUUAUGAACCACCCUUGGAUCAUGCAAUCAACAAAGGUCCCUCAAACCCCACUGCACACCAGCCGGGUCCUGAAGGAGGACAAGGAGCGGUGGGAGGAUGUCAAGGAGGAGAUGACCAGUGCCUUGGCCACAAUGCGCGUUGACUACGAGCAGAUCAAGAUAAAAAAGAUUGAAGAUGCAUCCAACCCUCUGCUGCUGAAGAGGCGGAAGAAAGCUCGGGCCCUGGAGGCUGCGGCUCUGGCCCACUGAGCCACCGCGACCUCCUGCCCACGGGAGGACAAGCAAUAACUCUCUACAGGAAUAUAUUUUUAAAACGAAGAGACAGAACUGUCCACAUCUGCCUCCUCUCCUCCUCAGCUGCAUGGAGCCUGGAACUGCAUCAGUGACUGAAUUCUGCCUUGGUUCUGGCCACCCCAGAGUGGGAGAGGCUGGGAGGUUGGGAGGCUGUGGAGAGAAGUGAGCAAGGUGCUCUUGAACCUGUGCUCAUUUUGCAGUUUUAUCAGUAAUUUGACUUAGAGUUUUUACGAAACCUCUUUUGUUGUCCUUGCCCCACUCCUCUCCACCAGACGCCUUCCUCUCUGGAUACUGCAAAGGCUUGUGGUUUGUUAGAGGGUAUUUGUGGAAACUGUCAUAGGGAUUGUCCCUGUGUUGUCCCAUCUGCCCUCCCUGUUUCUCCACAACAGCCUGGGGUUGUCCCCGCUGGCUCAGGCGUUCUGGGAGCUCAAGGCCACCUUGGAGGAGGAUGCCACGCACUUCCUCUCUUGGAGCCCUCAGACAUCUCCAGUGUGCCAGACAAAUAGGAGUGAGUGUAUGUGUGUGUGUGUGUGUGUGCGCACACGUGUGUAUGAGUGUGCAGAUCUGUGCCUGGGAUCGUGCAUUUGAGGGGCCAGGGGCAGGCAGGGCUGCAGAGGGAGAUGGCCCUGCUGGGGCUUAGGAACCUUCUCCCUUCUUGGGUCUGCCCUGCCCAUACUGAGCCUGCCAAAGUGCCUGGGAAGCCCACCCAGAUUCUGAAACAGGCCCUCUGUGGCCUGUCUCUAUUAGCUGGGUUCCGGGAGGCAGAGAGGAGUGACCGGGCACUGGCACAGCGAUCAGGAAGACUGGACCCCCAGCCCCCAGGGCCCCCCUCCCCCCACUUAGUGCUGGUCCUAGGUCCUCUGAGGCACUCAUCUACUGAAUGACCUCUCUACUUCCCCUUCUUGCCAUUAUUAACCCAUUUUUGUUUAUUUUCCUUAAAUUUUUAGCCAUUUCUCCAUGGGCCGCCGCCCAGCUCAUGUAGGUGAGCCUGGGCAGCUUCUGUUGGCAGAGCUUUUGCAUUUCCUGUGUUUGUCCUGGGUUCUGGGGCAUCAGCCAGCUACCCCUUGUGGGCAAAGGCAGGGCCACUUUUGAAGUCUUCCCUCAGAUUUCCAUUGUGUGGCCUGGUGGGUCAGAGGGAGUCUUUGCACCAAAGAUGUCCUGACUUUGCCCCCUUGCCCAUCAGCCAUUUGCCAUCACCCCAAACAACUCAGCUUCGGGGCCGGUGAGGGGAGGGGCCUCCCCCAGCACAGAUGAGGAGCAGCUGGGGUAGGCUGUCUGUGCCAUGGCCCCCCACUCCCCCUUCCCUUGGAGGGAGAGGUGGCAGGAAUACUUCACCUUUCCUCUCCCUCAGGGGCAGGUGGUGGAGGGGCGCCCAGGGUCGUCUUUGUGUAUGGGGGAAGGUGCUGGGUGCCUGCAGCGCCUCCCUUGUCUCAGAUGGUGUGUCCAGCACUCCAUUGUUGUAAACUGUUGUUUUGUAUGAGCGAAAUUGUCUUUACUAAACAGAUUUAAUAGUU